AUGGAGGAGGCCAUGGAGACCGAGGCAGUUGCAGAGUCCGUCGCCUUCAAGCUCCCGAGCAGGCCGCUGCCUGCUGCGCCCCGCGCAGCGGAGGGCGGCGAGCCAGGACCCAGCCCGCCACUUCCCCGCCCUGCCGCUGCGCCGGCGGCGGCGCCGCGCUACGAGGAGCCGCCGUGGGGCAGCCGCCCGCCGGCCGGCGCCGGCUAUGGGCUGGAGGUGCUGAAGGGCGGCGUUGUGCUGGGCUCGGUGCGGCUGGAGGACGGGAGUUGGUUCCUGGUGGGGCGGCUGCCCGGCUGCGCACUGACCCUGGAGCAUCCGUCAGUUUCGCGGCAUCACGCCGUGCUGCAGUACCGUGGCGCUGGCAGCUCCUCCGACAGCCCUGAUGCCGUUGACGCUGCCGGCUUCUACGUGUACGACCUGGGCAGCACCCACGGCACCUUCCUCAACAAAGCGCGGGUGCCGCCCCGCACCUACUGCCGGGUACGGGUUGGCCACGGACUCCGCUUCGGUGGCAGCUCUCGUCUCUUCCUACUGCAGGGACCCAAAGAGGACCAGGAGUCUGAGUCAGAACUAACUGUCACUCAACUGAAGGCACUGCGUAAGCAGCAGCAAGCAAAAUUAGAAAAGACAAUGUUGGGAGAGGACUCUGAUGAGGAAGAUGAAAAAGAGGAAAGAAGUGAGAGGAGUCAGAACACUGAUAUGAGCUGCUCAUGGGGAAUGGGGGAGGAUGCUGAAGAGGAUGAGGUUGAAGAAAACCCUAUUGCUGUUGACUUUCAGGAUGUACAAGAUGCCUUCUACAUGAAAGAUCCUAGGAAGGCCUUACAGGGAUUUUUUGACAGAGAAGGAGAAGAGUUAGAAUAUGAAUAUGAUGAUCGUGGGCACAACAGCUGGCUUUGCAGGAUCAAGUUGCCUGUGGAUGAUGCAUCAGGGAAGCAGCUGGUGGCAGAGGUUCUCCAUUCUGGAAAGAAGAAAGAAGCAAUGAUACAGUGUGCGCUGGAAGCUUGCAGGCUACUUGAUGCUCGGGGAGUACUGAGGCAAGAAGCAGUAUCCCGAAAAAGGAAAUCGAAGAACUGGGAAGAUCAAGAUUUUUAUGACAGUGAUGAUGACACCUUUCUUGAUCGAACUGGUGCUGUAGAAAAGAAACGACUCAACAGAAUGAGAAAAGCUGGUAAAAUAGAAGAAAAACCAGAGACAUAUGACUCCCUGGUCACAAAGCUAAAUGAAGCUGAAAAUGAGCUUUCUGAGAUAACAGAGAAGCUGAAGGCUUCAGGGAAAGUCCAGUCCCAGCCAGCAGCUCAAGAUUCCUUGGAUGAAUUCAUGACUGAAAUAAAAGCAGGAUCCACCUUAGACAGUGUGGCACGAAAGAAGCUUCACUUGCGGUCGUUUGAACUGAAGAAAGAGCAACAGAGACUGAAAGCGUUAAUAAAGCUUGUCAAACCUGCAGAACUGCCUGAGCUAAAGCCCCAGAGUGGGAGUUACACUCUGGAAGCAGAAAGCAAGCCUAAAAAGAUCACCCUCCCUCUCUUUGGUGCAAUGAAAGGGGGGAGCAAAUUCAAGCUGAAAACUGGAAGCCUAGGGAAGUUGCCUGUUAAGCGUCCAGAUAUCCCUGAAAGCUUGCUGAAAAUGAAAGAUGAUGGACCGGAGGAGGAGGAAGAGGAAGAAGAGGAAGAAACGGAGGAGAAGCAAGUAGAAGAUGCAAAAAACAGAGAAUCAAGCAUGGAAAUUAAAAAGGCAACAAAGGAAGAAACAGGAAAAGAAACAAUUACUCCCAAUGGUUCUCCUUGCAAGAACAAGAGUGUAGAAUCCCUUCAGGAUGGGGUUCCUUUUCAGCCUGAGCCAAAGAUACUGAAGAAUAAAUCCCAGAUGGGACCCUCACAAGAGAAACCUCAAGCGUCUGAAGCAGUACAUAAGGAACCUGAAGAGACCUCUGAGAAGGUUAAGAAAAUCAGUUGUUCAAGCAAGAUCCAACAACCUUUCUUUUCCUCACAGUACCCAGAUGAUGACCCAGACUACUGCAUAUGGGUUCCUCCUGCUGGUCAAAGCGGUGAUGGCAAGACUCAUCUCAAUGAAAAAUAUGGCUACUAGUCCCCCAGAGUCUGUCUGAGGUUUGAAGGACUGCUCUAUUUUGGACUCUUUUCACCAGACGUUAAGUGAGGGAUAAAAAUGUUGUUUUUUC